CGGCGCUGCUAGACGCAAGCUUCAGUCUACAAAUCGCACUUGUCGGAGCAACUACAGGAAAGAAAGGCCUGCAAAGUGGAAAACAAAGAAGAUAAAAUACAAACAUUAAAAGAAAACAGUAAGAUUUAAGAAAUAACUAAGUUGUGCAACAUAAGUGAGUUUACCGUUUAAAUAACAAAAUAUGAAAGAAAGAAACCACUUUCCUAAGGAAAAUGAAAGAGUGAACUAUUAAAAUGGUUUUGUGAUAUGAAAAAAUGCAAGUGAACUACUUUAUCAAUGAAAAGGAAACUACAAUUAUUAGAACGAUUGUGUAAAUUAAUAAUUACUCUAGAGAAUUAACAAAACUUAACAGUUCGCGUGGGAGUGUAACUUUUUUGUAUGGAAUAAAGGCAAGGUGUAAACUAAAAGUCAAAAGCAAGCAAAGAAGCAAUUACAAAAUUCAGUUAUUGUGCUGACAAAGAUAAGCCUAACGGCCAACUACAAAGGCAACCUGGCACUAAAAACAUGGCUGAGAAAAAAUUAUAUUGAAAAACAAUCGUUCGUGUGUUUAAGUACUAAACGGAAUCUAAUAAAUAACUGGUGAUUAAAAAUUUGCCAUUCAGUGUACGUCAGAGCAGAAGCAACAUCGAAGCCAGCCCCACCGCCAACUUUCAGUGCGCGAAGACGCUUUCAAGAAAGAAGUCGACUAGAAAAAAAUUCUUAAUUAAAAUACUAACUACUAAUAAAUUUUAAACUAAACAAAAUAAAAACAAACAAAAACAGCCAACAUGAAUAGUCUUGUAAAGGUUUUCAGUAACUUUAGGGAGUUUUACAACGAAAUCAAUGGUGCUACCCUCACCGGCGCCAUCGAUGUGAUCGUUGUGGAACAGCCAGAUGGUGAAUUCCAAUGUUCACCAUUUCAUGUGCGUUUCGGGAAAUUGGGUGUAUUGCGCAGUCGUGAAAAAGUGGUUGAUAUUGAAAUAAAUGGCGAACCAGUUGAUAUCCACAUGAAAUUAGGCGACUCAGGUGAGGCAUUUUUUGUAGAGGAAUGCCUCGAAGAGGAUGGUGAGGAAUUACCGGAGAACAUGGCCACAUCGCCUAUACCAAGUAGCUAUUUUCCCAGCAAAUACGGCAAUGAUGCAUUAGAGGAUGACAUCCUUGAAGGCACAACCAAAAUUGCUAGAGAUGAUAUUCAACUGCCGCUACCAUUGCCGCGUCGUAAUUCCAUUGACUUCUCAAAAGAGACCGAAAAGGAAGAUCAAGUGCCGAAAUUUGAGAAUCAAGUCUCAGAUUUUAGUCACAGAAGACAUACAGACAAUUUACUGGAGCGCCGUAAUCUUACCGAAAAACUGCAGGAGUACACCACUCAAAAGUUGCGAAAGGAGUGGGCCGAGCAUGAAGAGAUUUUUCAGUUUGAGGCCGUUGAAAGAGAGAAGGAAUGGAUUAACAGCAUUCCAGCCGAGGGCAAAACGCAACAAAAACCCACUACAACUGUAGCACCAACCCCAGCCAUUGCAAUACAGCCGCCCCCUAAAGAAGAGCCUGCCUCGAAAGAGAAUAAUACGCAGUCAGCUACCUCACUGUCUGCUCCUGUCGCUCCUGCCACUACGGAGAGCGUCUCCAAUAAUACUAGCCCAAAGGACGAGUCCAAAGGUGGCAAGAAGAAGCGUCGCAAGAAGUCACAAAUGAAGAAAAAGAAUGCGCAGCGUAAGUCUUCGUCGAGCAGUUCGAUUGGUAGCACAACACCAGGAGAGGGUGCUAAUGGAAAUAACACGAAUGUCGACGAGGGUGACGGCAUUUCCAUUUCCAACAAUACCAAUUCAUCGUCGAAUGAAGAAGUUGCCACCGCGAAGUCAAACAAUGAUCAGCAGUCGGCACCUUUGGCUUCCGCUAUAGCUGGUGAUGAGAGUCCCAUCAGCGAAACGUGCCAAACAUCACCAAUUACGCCUAGUACACGCAUACCAGAUCUAGAUAUACAUUUCUUCAGUGACACCGAAGUCACGCCAUCUGGUGGGGCGAGCGGUUGUGUUGGGCGCGGAUCUGGCCGCCCCUCCACCCCUAUACAGAGUGAUAGCGAAUUGGAGAUAUCUUUGCGUGAAAAGGAUGUUGAUACCGAAUUGAUGACCAAUUCAGCUUCAUGGAAAUGGGGUCAAUUGCCCACAACCGAAGUGAGCGACAAGGGUGACGUGGGCGGUGAUCAAUCGGUGCAGUCACAGGCGCAACGCAACUCCAUGCUAAGUGGCAUGUUCAAUUUCAUGAAGAAGACAAAUAAGAUGCGCAAGCAAGCAACAGAUGGUGGUGUGUAUUUGUCGGAUUUGGAUGCGGAGGGUAUGGAUCCGGAAAUGGCAGCAUUGUAUUUCCCACAACCUCUGCUCACGAAACCCACAAGUAAUACAACAACUGGCAGCGGAACCGCGGCCAACACGCUACUCCACUCUGGCGAUGAUGAUCGCGAAAGUGGCAACGGCACGAGUUUGCCGCAUUCGCCCAGUUCAAUGGAAGGGCAAAAAAGUGUCGACUCAGACUAUGAGGAUGGCAAACCACAGGAUCCAAAGUACCUGGACUUUGUGGCGAUGUCUUUGUGUGGCGUAAGCGAUAAGGGCGAGCCAUCGGAUGAGGAGUUCGAUCACCACCUGAUAAAAUAUUCCGAUGUUUGCGAAAAUCCCAGUUUGUUCUCAUCGCCAAACCUAGUUGUACGCCUGAAUGGCAAAUACUACACCUGGGCGGCUGCAUGUCCAAUUGUCAUGACCAUAAUAACAUUCCAGAAACCACUAACUAACGACGCUGUUGAGCAGCUGAUGGCCAAUGCCAAACAAGAUGGGGUGGCGCACAAGAAUGAGCCAGACGGCGCUACGGCUGGCGUUAGUGCCCAAUCGAAACGUUCCUGGUGGAAUUGGAGGCGCUCUCAGGUUGGCGCCACUGCUAGUUCUACAAAAAUUUCCAAAUCGGAGGACAAGAUUGACGAGCGAGAUUCCGACCAAGCAGCUGUAGCCACACAAACUACACGUCCCAACUCGCCAGACAUUAGUGAGAACACGCUUAGCAAGACGGACUCGACACUCAAUGCUGAAAACACUUCGGCGCAAGUUGAAAAUCUAGAGGACUUGUCACAAGCAUCGUCGAAAGGUGACCCAAGCAGCAGCAAUAGCAACAAAAAUGAACGUUACAAGAAGAGUUUGCGUCUAAGUUCCGAAGCAAUUAAACAAUUGAACUUGAAAGACGGCAUGAACGAAAUUGAGUUCAGCGUCACAACCGCCUACCAAGGUACUACACGCUGCAAAUGCUACCUAUUCCGCUGGAAUCACAACGACAAGGUCGUCAUUUCCGACAUUGACGGCACCAUUACCAAAUCUGACGUGCUCGGUCACAUUUUGCCUAUGGUGGGCAAAGACUGGGCUCAAUUGGGCGUGGCACAAUUGUUCUCGAAAAUUGAGCAAAAUGGCUAUAAGCUUUUGUACUUGUCAGCACGUGCCAUCGGACAAUCGCGUGCUACACGUGAAUAUUUACGUUCCAUACGUCAAGGUGAUGUCAAGUUGCCUGAUGGGCCUUUACUACUUAAUCCAACAUCGUUAAUUUCGGCAUUCCAUCGUGAGGUGAUCGAACGAAAGCCUGAGCAAUUCAAAAUCGCUUGCCUAUCCGACAUACGGGAACUGUUCCCCAAAAAGGAUCCAUUCUAUGCUGGCUACGGCAAUCGCAUCAAUGAUGUAUGGGCCUAUCGUGCCGUGGGUAUACCAAUUAUGCGUAUUUUCACCAUCAACACCAAAGGCGAGCUGAAGCACGAACUCACACAAACAUUCCAGUCAUCCUACUGCAGCAUGGCGUACAUUGUUGAUCAACUAUUUCCACCGAUACGCGACGAUGAAGGCGCUGUGGAAUACUCUAAUUUCAACUACUGGCGUGAUCCUAUACCAGAUCUGGACUUAGUUUUAGAUAGUGCCGACGCAGAUGCAAGCACCAGCAAUAAAACUGAAGUCAAUGCAAUGUUGCAAAAGGGUUUAGCAACCAUUCCAGAAAACUAAUAAUCCCUUUGAAACAAAAAGAAAACUAAAGAGUAGUAAGAAAAUAACUAACACUUACAGCAAAAAACUGAUAACUGAAAAUCAUACCAAAAAUGUUAGAGUAAACAAAAGUAAUAUUUUUGAAUUUAUGUAUAAAUACGAGGUAGUUGCGCUUAUACGCUUGGCAAGUUUCUGUAUGCUCUUAGCAAUAAGUUAGUUUUGAGUUUUUAUUUAAUUACACCUAUGGAACAUGUGACCGCGAAACAAGAGGAAGAUCUGUCUUAAUGUAAAGUAAACUGCAUACUCUAUAUAAACAAUAAACGGUGGUCUAAAACAUUUUCAGUAUUAACUUGAGAAAUGUUUAUUCCAUGCUUCAUUUAAAAAAAGAGAGAUUCAAUGGAAUUUUUCUUUUGUCUAAAUUACCUCAAAAAAGUAAACUUAAUUUUUUUAAUAUUUUUCUGUUGAAUUAAAACAUGUGUUCGUGUGGCGGAGUAUGCAGUUUUUUCUGUUAGACUAUAGUAAACUAACCUAAGUGGCCAUGAGCCAUGUCAAGCUUAUUUUUCAUAACGCAUUGUUAUGGAAAUGAUGCUUAGAAAGAAGGAAGUCUUCAGCAAACAAUUUAUAAGGCUUUAAAUUGCAACUAAGAAAAUUGGCAUUCUCCAGAUUUAUAUUUCACCAGCUUUAGCAACCUGGAUAUGCAUACAAACACAAUUUCGACUAGGUUAUAAAAUCAAUGGCAAAUGAGCAUUCACUGAAAAAAGUGCGAUUUACUCCAUCUGAAGGCAACGCACGCUACACAUAUGCUUCCUGCUCCCAAAAUACACAUACGUAAUUUGUGUUUGCUUUGUUUGGCCAUUACUAUGUAUAUUGCACUUAAUCAAUUUCAAAUUUAUGCAACCAUAAAAAGCCGUAUUCCAUUUUAGAUUUUCCUUAACUCAUUUCAUCUACUGACUUGAAGAAUGGCAGAUGAGUAAUAAUACAAUACGCAUACAUGCACAACUGCAAGUAAUCCAACUUAAAUGAAAGUUCAAUAUGGCUGAGACUUUUUCCUUUUUUUCGGCAAACAGAUGUACACAUUUUUUGAACCUUUGAAAAAUGUGUAAAUCUCAUACUGAUACGUAAUACGAGUAUUGCUUUCCAAUUAGGCGUAAACUUAUUAAUCGAUUUCAAUUUUCAAAAAUACCGAAUAAAUUUUCGUAUUUAAAAGCAUUAAAUUUAAUAAUUCAUUAAGAAGAAGCUGAAAAAAAUUCAUUGAACACACAAUUUUUCUAAAGUUGAAAAAAAAACUUACUUAAUUAUUUUCAUAUAGACAAUGAUUUUUUGUUUGAGAAUAUUGAGAAUGCCUUCCACUAUUUGGAAUAAACUUAGGAGAUUUGUAAACAUAAUCCCAAUUCGAACUCAGGUCUAAAUGCUUAUUUGACAAAAGGAAUUUUAGGUAAAUUGUGGGUUCGAAUGAAUCCGAAUCAACUACAUAAACAACUAGGAACCUGUUAUACUUAAUUGGGCGUAAUAUUUUAAGUUUAUUUGACUAGUAAUUAUACACGAAUGCCCUGGCUUGACCGCCGUAGCCGAAUGGGUUGGUGCGUGACUACCAUACGGAAGUGCACAUAUUCGAAUCUCUGCGUAUAAAAUGACACGAAAAGUUUUUUCUAAUAGCGUUCGUAUUUCAGCAGGCAAUGGCAAACCUCCGAAUGUAUUUCUUCCAUGAAAAAACUCUUCAUAAAAAAACAUUUGCCAUUCGGAGUCAGCUUCACACUGCAGGUCUCAAACAUCUUUUUUAUUUAUAUUAUUAUGAUUUUUAUUUGUCUGGUUUUCUUGACACACCACACUAUGCACAUUUGAUAGAUCAAAAAUAUUGGAAUAAGCAGAUAUUUUAUCAUAUCUUGCAGCACGUAUUUAGCGAUUCGUUUCUCAUCAAACAACAUAAUUAAAAACUUAAUAACGGGAAAACUUGGGAGGCAUAUAGAGGAAAUUUUAACAGCAAAAGCAUAUUAAUCGUAUCUUUUGCAUCUUAAUAAUUUCUCUGAUACUUUCAGUAGUGUUUCUAUAGGUCUGUUCAUGUAAAAAUUAUCCAAUAACUUUAAUUCUCAGAAUUCGCUCUCAAAGAGAAAAAUAUCGAAAAAAGUACAUGGACGCAAAACCAGUAACAAUUUGCAAGUUUACGAACAGCUGAUUAAAUUUUUGGCGUCAAAAAACACAUUAAUUAAAAUUUUCAGUUGAGCCAACUCGUCUUAACCUGUUAAGCGAUUAUUUUUUUUUAGACAGCUCGAUUUAGUGUGCUGAAAAUAUUGGAUUCACCGUGGGCGUUGGCUGAACGAUUAUGAUAACGAUCAUCAGGAAAUUCAGUGUUCAGGCUUACUUUAUAAUGUCUAAAUAACAGAGAAAUUUUCGUUUUUUGCUUAACUUUAAAUUUCAUAGCGAAUGCAAUUUCCUUUGUAUUUGAGAGCCUGCAGCAACGAUGACUGGAGGCUGUGGUUCAUUUAAUAUAUAACUUCAAAUAAACUCUAUAAAUGUUAUCUAAAAUUUAUUUACUUACAUUCACCAUUUUUUAAGUUUAGAUCUUUGACUCAAUUCGCAAAUUUUAAUUCGUGUUUAUUUUUACUUUGCCAUCAGCUGUUUUACUGUAUGCAGUAAAAACUUACAACUUCCCCUCAAAAUGAAAUGUCAUUUUGCUCUCUCACUUUCCCCUACUUUGCAAGUUUUUUGGUUACCUGAACACCAAAACCUGAUAGUUUGUAGCAAUUUGCUUCAUGAACAGACCAUAUAACGUGACAUUUAGAGAGAGUGCCAGACCCGCCAUUUACAUAUAUUUUGAGAGGCGGCCACUGAAAAAAAAAUUUAGAAUUUGUGCAAAUAAGCAUUUUCUAUUGCAUUUCUCACCGAUCGGAAGAACGUACUUUUUUUACAAACUUUGAUUUAACUACCCCAAUUUAUCAUUUAUGUACCCUAUAUCAUUAGCUGCUUUUAUAUUCCUACUACUUUUAAUUCAAAUUUGAUAAUACUUAAUAUUUAAGGCGGCUAAUAUUGUACGUAAUUCAAAGUUCCAUUUUAACAUUAAAUGAAUGUUGGUUGUCGGACUUCCCUUUUUUCUGCUAAGAACUAGAAUACGCUCGUAAUUUAAUAGCGCUCUGUAAUUUAGGUGGAAUUUUGACAAAACAGCUUAACUCGUCUUAGCACUUUCUCGCAGUCAAGCACUAAAUUUUGUGAUUUCUAAUUUAAUAUUUAAACUAUUAACUUAACUUCAUAAAAGUUGGCAUAAAUUAUUAAACUCUUUUGUGUGAGAUCAAGUAUUUAUUGAUUUAAGAGUUCGAACUGCUAAGGUCAAUUAGGUUGUUUUGUCAAAAGUUCAGAUACGAGAUAUGGAUACGGGAAUUAUAAGAAUUUAGAAUUUCUAAUGUAAUUUUAGUGCUCGAUUUUGCUUUAUUUUCAACAAAAAAAAAAUUAGAAAAUUGUGAUAAUUUUAAGACCUCUAUUUAGUAGCAAAAUGCAUUUGAAUUAAAAAAAUACAUAUUUUCCCCUAUUAAAAAUAUUUUUUUAUUGAAACUAUUAUUCCUUCUUUAGUUUUUUAUUAAUGAAUUUUUGUUAUUGUGAUAUCUUGAAAAGAGCAACUCUUGUAAUACAAAACAUUCAUCUACAUUUUAGUUACAUAUAAAUAUAUGAAUUUUUGUAUUGUUUUCUUAGACUAUUUUCAAUUAAGCUUUAAAUCACUUAAACUAUAAUUUUAACGUAUUUAUUCCACUUCUCAUAUAAUUACAAAUUUAUGAUUACAAAUUUAUAAUUAAUUGUUCACAAUAUUAUUUAAUUUCUUUUUUAGUUCUUGGGUUUGCGUAUAUGCUUGUAUGUUUUUAGAAUAAAAUUAAAUAAUAAUAAAUUGACUGCAGCAGAUGCGUGAUAGAUAAUACGUUCGCACAUGAUAA